AACUCACGGUUUAUACCCUGCCCCAUUUGUACACAAGCAUGCUCUACUUGUUCUUUUGCAAUUCCUCAAAGCUCUAGUAGUUAUCGACGUGUAAAUUCCAAUGCUUGUGAGCCACAACAGCAGUGGACCGUCCCCGAGGCGCAAGCGCUCUGUAAUUUCGUGCAGGGAGUGUCAGCGACGUAAACAAAAGUGCGACCGUCGCCAGCCAUGUGCUCAUUGUAUGAAACGAGGUAAAGCAGACGUCUGCCUCUAUGAUUUGGAUGCCAACCGCGCACCCUUUACUUUCCUCCCUGUCGAGCUCCAGGACCAAUCCAUGAACGGCGUCUUGCAAGCAUGCCCAGAACCAAUUCCACCCGCCUCGGGCGUUGUGCCCGAUGAGUUCAAACCAUUGGGUUAUGGCGACAAUACAAAAGGAACACCAGGAGUCCUCCGUAGCCUGGGGGAGUCUGCAAAUCUUUUGCAUCAAGUACCGCCCAGGGACUGUCCUGCCCCUAGUGAAUACAUGAGCAUAAUUCGAGAACUUCCGUCUCCAAGACACAUAGACAUUCUCGUGCAAGACUUCUUCAAAAAUGUAGCAUGGCACUACGAUAUCGUCGACGAAGCUACCUUUAUCAAUCAACUUGCUCAAUGGGGCCGCCUGACCCAUGUUCAAUUCAAAGGAGGACCAGACGCCUUACCGGCCACCCUCCGAUCUUUCCCUGCUCUGCUCUUCCAAGUUCUAGCACAAGCCCUGCUUUUCCAACCCGCACAAUAUAAUGAGAGCCUGAAUGACCUGAAGUAUGCCGUCGAUAUGGAGUUGUCAGAUCGGGCGGCGGAAUACAGUGAUGCGGGUCGUCGACUCGCUUCAUCUUUCAGAAAGAGCGAGCCCACUCUCGCGGGAGUGCAGGCUGAGCUGAUGCGAGCUUGUUUUGAAAAGACCACAGGGGCAGUAAUCGAGGCAUGGCACACGCUCGGAACUGCUAUCCGCGACGCUCAAGAACUCGGUCUACAUCUGAUAGAACCAGAGUCAACGACAUACUCGAAAACUGAAAAGCCAUCGGAUCGCGAAUUGGGCCGCAACGUCUGGCUUAUCCUUCACCUCUGGGAUGCUCAUAUGGGUAUUGUACUUGGAAGACCCAUGUCGACAAGCAUGAGUCCCAACGACGUGGCCUUGCCAAUGUCAUCAAGGGACAGCUCUGGCAAGCAAAGGCCACCGCAACCUCGCGACGUCAUCUUAUGCGGCUAUCACACGGCUUACAAAUUCUUACAGGACAUUCAUAAUCUCGAUAAAGUAGAUGACUGGCGUGUCCCAGUUGAGAAAAUCCACGAAACUAUUCUUACUAAUAUUGCGAAUCUUCCCGCAUGGACGACAGCCCAGAGAUCACGCCAGGGAGAGCCUCCUUGGCUUUCUACGGCCUUGGAAACAAUGUUCACUAAUGUGCACUUUGUCGUCUUUGCUUUGCAUCGACCCUUCAUCUUUGCAGAUCCGAGCAGCCGCCACAAGGCCUUUCACGCGGCGAUGCAAAUCUUGGAGUCUCAAGGCCGUCUAUUCGACCAGACAGAGCCUUUACAGUACAAAGCGUUUAGUUUGGUGUUCGCGACGUUUGACGCGAUGGUGCUCGUUGCAGCGGUGCAUAUUCGCUUUCCGAAUGAACUAAGGGAACAGUUUGCAGCGACCAGGAGGAAUCUUGAGUUGGGCAUCGAAAGACUGAAGUCUUUGCACGCCAGGAAGAAUGUUCUUGCCAAUUCCGCACUCAGAAUUAUCGAACGGCUGUAUCGAAAAAUGCUUGCUGUUGUGUAUCCGGAGGAACCCUUGGGCCAUCAUCAGGGAGGUACUGAUGGUAGAAACUUUAUGACCAUGGAGGCAGAGACGGUGGGAACGAACUGGGACACCAUUCUACAACCUGACCUUGGAGAUGUGUUGGUUCCUCAACCAAUGAACGAACUAUUGCGCAGCGGGUAUUUCGCUCAGUCUUUGAGCAUAGGUCCUUCAUAUCAAACAGCGUAUGGGCAACAUCAGUUCGGGACCGACAUUAUGGACAGUUUUGGAAGUGAUCUGAUGCCUUAUCACAGCACAGACGACACAUUACAUCGCGCCAAGUAG